AGAUAAAUAUUACGUUGCGUUGUAGCUCUAUCCGCAGAGAGUCUCCAAAUCCGACAGCUAUCCCUGUGCAUGCUCUCACCUUUACCUCUCUGUAGUUCUUUGUACCUCAUUUUCUUCUUCGUUUGAAUUUGUAGAUAUCCAUCUCCGAAAUUUUACCACAUUUUCGCUUCUGGGCAUUCUCAAAUCUCAAUCCACAUUGAUCUCUCAUAUUUGGGCUUCAUUAUUUCCAGUUAAUUUACGAAAUCCAGAAUUUUUUUUUCCAAUCUAACAUUUCAUUAAAGAAAUUCCUCAUUUGAAUUGAACCUUAACUUUGAGUUUUUGAUAUUUGAGCUUUUAUUUUGACCAAAUCUGGUUAAAACCCAUUUUCAUUCUUCACAAUCUAACACGUUUUAACCAAUGCACGGCCUCUAAUUUUUUCACAUUCAUAAGACAGAAAAAAAGGAGAGAAAAUUCCAAAGGAAAAAGGAAAAUGAAGACCCCUAAAGAUUCUGAGAAACCAAUGUGGGAUCAGAUUCAGAUGAGAAGCCCGUCGGGAAACCCACUUACAGGAACCGGGUCGAGCAGCCGGGCCGGGCCCAAACUCAUGGUCUGGCUUAUCCUCUUCGUUUCAGUCACCUAUGUUGUCUACACUCUGAAGCUCGUCUCCACCUCACGCGGUUGCGUCGAAGAACCUUUCUCCAUCACUCACCGUGUGUCGGCAUCGGCAACGGCAACAAUGGCCAAUUUCACAUCCAUGCCGUUGAUUCUCAAUCAAACGGCGGGCCAAAACCUCGUCCACCGACGCGAACCUCAAGACAGACGAACACAAGUACCGACUGAUAUCCACCACAUCGUGUUUGGCAUCGCGGCAUCAGCUAAACUUUGGAACAAAAGAAAAGAGUACAUCAAGAUAUGGUACAAACCAAAACAAAUGCGAGGCGUUGUGUGGCUUGACGAUGCCGUCAAAGCAAACAAGAGCGAAAACUUGCCUCCCACAAAGAUCUCAAGCGAUACUUCACAGUUCCCUUACAAGAACAAGCAGGGUCACCGUUCGGCUAUACGGAUCUCACGCAUCGUGUCGGAAACACUCCGACUUGGGCUAACAAACGUGAGGUGGUUUGUGAUGGGAGACGACGACACGGUUUUCAUAACGGAGAAUUUGAUUAGGGUUUUGAGAAAAUAUGACCAUAACCAGUUUUAUUAUAUUGGGAGUUUAUCGGAAUCCCAUUUGCAGAAUAUUUUUUUUUCUUAUGGAAUGGCUUACGGUGGUGGUGGGUUUGCUAUAAGUUAUCCAUUGGCUAAAGCGCUUGUUAAGAUGCAAGACAGAUGUAUUCAAAGAUAUCCGGGACUCUACGGUUCCGAUGAUCGAAUGCAAGCUUGUAUGGCGGAACUCGGUGUUCCACUUACUAAAGAACUCGGUUUUCACCAGUAUGAUGUGUAUGGAAACUUGUUUGGACUCCUUGCUGCGCACCCGGUUGCACCUUUGGUGUCGCUGCAUCACCUGGACGUAGUUGAGCCCAUCUUCCCCAAUGUGACUCGUGUUCAAGCCCUUCAGCGGCUUAUGGUGCCUAAGAAGCUAGAUUCUGCGUCGCUCAUGCAACAAUCUAUCUGCUAUGACAAAGAAAAGACCUGGACAAUUUCAGUUUCAUGGGGCUUUGCAGUUCAAAUUUUCCGUGGAAUAUUUUCCCCUCGCGAGAUAGAAAUGCCUUCAAGAACAUUUUUGAAUUGGUAUAGAAGAGCAGAUUACACGGCAUACGCCUUCAACACUCGUCCAGUUACCCGAAACCAGUGUCAAAAACCUUUUGUAUUUUACUUGUCGGACGCCAAAUUCAAUUCAACAAUGAAUCACACAGUGACCGAGUAUCACCGGCAUAAAAUCCCUCACCCUUUUUGCAGAUGGAAGAUGGCUAAUCCUGCAAAACUUGACGUAGUGGUGGUUCAUAAAAAACCAGAUCCACAUCUGUGGGAAAGAUCUCCAAGAAGAAAUUGUUGCAGGGUGAUGAAGUCAAAGAAGAGUGGAAAGAUGGAGAUAGAUGUGGGUGUAUGUAGAGAGAGUGAGGUUAGCGAAGUAUAAUUACUGAGGGCAUUAAUUUUUUUAAAUUUUUAUUCAUCCCCACUUCCAAUUUUGUAAGUGUAAUCCAAAGUAGAUCCAUGAACAAUCAUCACCACAAACCCAGAACCAGAAAAGAAAUUAUGUAUCAAACUUGUACCUUAUCUGUUUCGUACAUUUUAGAUCAGUAUGGUUUGUUUAUGUAUUUAAUAAUUUAUUUUUUAAUA